AUGGGGGUUCCAGCUCACCUGGUUCCCAAGGAGAGGGAGGUGGCAGAAGAGCUUGAGAGAGAGACCCACUGGGCUGCCUUUUAUACUGGCCCCACGCUGCCUCAGGCCCAAAGGCAGACACUGCACAGGCAACAAUUGUCCUGCACGCUCCUAAUGAACGGAAACAUCUCAGCCUCCACCUCCCCCCACGAGAGGUGCCUUGUCCUCACUUGGGUGGCGUUGCAGGCUGUUCCUCACGUGUCCCUGUGCUCUGCUCCCUCCCUGCCCUCUCUCCAGGUGAAGCUCCAGCCCCAAGCCAUGUCCUGCUCCGACAAGUGCCAGACCUGUGAGCCCUGCCAGCCCUGCGAGCCCUGCCAGCCCUGCCGGCCCUGCGAGCCCUGCCAGCCCUGCGGCCCGACCCCGCUGGCCAACAGCUGCAAUGAGCCCUGUGUCAGGCAGUGCCAGAGCUCCAACGUGGUCAUCCAGCCCUCCCCCGUAGUGGUGACCCUGCCCGGCCCCAUCCUCAGCUCCUUCCCACAGAACACCGUUGUGGGCUCCUCCACCUCCGCUGCCGUUGGCAGCAUCCUCAGCUGUGAGGGAGUGCCCAUCAACUCCGGGGGCUUUGACCUUUCCUGCAUCACCAACCGCUACUGCCGCAGCAGAUGCAGACCCUGCUAA